GUAAUUGUUGAGUAUUUUUUCACUAAAAUGUGACAAAAUUAUUCUGAACUCGUUAAAUAAAAUGUUGAGAGACGUAUGUCGACGCUCUUCUUCUAUUAAACCUCUUCUUCGUCUCUGGCUCAGGGCGUUAGUUUUUUUUUCCGCUUCUCUGCUACUGCUCCUUCGCGGUAAGUCUUUCCCAUUUUCUCCUCGCCGGGCAUUUUCGUCUAAGCUUAGGUUAUCUUCAUCCCCAGUUACUUUGAUUUUUUUUUUUUUUUUCUUCUCGUCGUGUUGUUUGUUGUGGAAAUAGUUAUCGGCCAUUUCUUUAUUUUAUUCUUGACAGUUUGUUUUGAUGGUUAGGGUUUUUAGAAUUUAACUCGUAUUUGACCCAUUUGGGUUGUGAUCGAAUUUUAAAUCUCUUCGAAUAAUGGGUGCGUUGCUUUGAUUACUCGGUUCUUAUAUUGUUGAAAGCUAGAAUCAAUUUGAAUUUGAAUCAACUCCACUAGUGCAUUGGUCCCUUUCGUGCAACUCCUUUGUCUGAAUCUUAUACAUAGAUUUAGAAUAGUAGAUCCACUCAUGUUGAUUUUUUCAUUACUUAUUAGUAAAGUCUCUAAUGCAUGUCUUACAUCUAAGUUUAGCUCUACUUAUUUUGUUCAAGAUUGUUUUUUUACCAUCUUCUGCAGAAGAAGCAUAGACUAAGGUUUAGGGUAGAAUAUAAUGGCGGGUUGGCAGAAGAAUUUACAGAUUGUUAUUCGUCAAGUUGGUAAAAGAGUUAAGGACAGUCACAUUUCCACGGCAAAUUACUCUUCCACACGGAAUUUGGAAUCCCCUUUCUCACAAGGUUAUUUGCAGAGUCUCUUGAGAUCAACCUAUUCCUCAAGACCACUGUAUUAUCAUCUACAACAACUGGGAAUUUCUACCUCAAGACAAUUGCAGGCGGGUGAGGAGCCUGUAUCAUCACCUUUGUCAUCUCCAGCUCUGCUGGGUAGUGGAAAAGAAGAAGAGCAGAAGAUUAUCCCAAAGCGUCAGAAAGUUCAGGCUGUCCUCAAGUCCAUAAAGCAGAGUCCUAAGAAGGUCAACUUGGUUGCAGCACUAGUCCGUGGCAUGCGUGUUGAAGAUGCUUUGAUGCAAUUGCAGGUCACGGUCAAACGAGCUUCACAAACUGUGUACCGGGUUAUACAUGCUGCGCGGGCAAAUGCUACUCAUAACCAUGGACUAGAUCCUGACCGUCUCCUUGUUGCGGAAGCGUUUGUUGGGAAGGGACUCUUUGGGAAGAAGGUAGCUUACCAUGCAAAAGGAAGAAGCGGGAUAAUAUCAAUACCCAGGUGUCGUCUAACAGUCAUAGUCAGAGAGACGACUGCAGAGGAAGAAGCUGAGAUUGCAAGGCUGAAAGUUCACAAUUUUAAGAAGCUAAACAAGCGGCAGAGACAGCUGGUACCACACAAGUUGAUCGAGACAAGUCCAAUCUGGAACCGCAGAGGUACCAAAGGCAAUCACAGGUCAUCUGAGUUGGUACCGUCUCACUAAGUAUCAUUGUUCCGGCAACUGUAACGAGAGCUUCUCUUUUAUGGUACUUGUUUGUAUCGGUAAUUGGUUACUAUUCCAUUCAAUAGAUAUGUUGCCAGAGACAGGAACCAAAAGAAAAGUCAUUUUUCAAUUUAUAUGAAUCGAAGAAAACUGUAAUCUUGUAAACAUAAUUAACACGAAUAACAUAUUUUUCAAUGUGACCUUUUGUGCAUAAUAAAAUAAAAUAAUUG